AUGAAUGGUUUGGCACUUAAUGAAUUAGACAAUCCGUUGUCUAACGAAGUGAAAAAUCCAAAGAAUUCUCAGACCAUCCAGAAAAGCACCAUGAGUGAAUUUCUAAAGAAAAUUGAUGAUGAUGUUGCAAGCAGCAAUGAUUUCUCCGACUUUAUGGUAUGCUUUGAUGGGGAGCACAAAAAAAUUGGAAGAUACAGUUUCCCACUGUCUUUAGUUUCUACUGUGGAAAGAAUCACCAAUGUCUAUGGUGAUGUUUCUGCUCCGUGUUUAAAGAACUCAAGUGUUACCGAGAAAAUCUAUCUAUUUUUCUGUGCUACAAUUAAAGAGAUGGAGGAUCUAAAGCUUCAUCAAGUUACAGAGAAAAAACUGUUGAAAUGGAGGGAUGCUAUUAAGGAUGCUCUUCGCAUCAAUUUCAAAGUCGCUUUUGCUAUGCACCAUUUGAAGAGAAUUGCUCGUGCUUAUUUUGGCUGCAUAGGAAGCCAAGAGCUUCAGAGCAUAGGUGACAAAUUGGAUGCCUUGAACAAGGAGCGUGCGGAGACGUACCAGGAUUUCAAAGACUAUAUUGCUUAUGCAAAAGACUUCUAUGGCAAGUCUGUCAGCGAUGGUUUAUUCGCGUGA